UACAGAGUCAAUCAACUCGACGCCAUUUCUUAAAUUUCUGAUGAUUUUUAGGCAUUGUCCGUGGUUUGAUUAUAGAUUUAUGAUUAAAUUCUUGAUAUCUGCAUGUGUUCUCACAUUUGCUUAAAUAUUUUUGCAGGUAAUAAAGAAAGCAUGUGAGAUCAACCUGAUAGGCCCAACGAGAGUUACUCAAAUCAUGCUGCCGUUGGUGCGAAGAGCUAAGGGAAGGGUAGUGUUCGUCACAUCCGGCUUGUGCAGAGUUGCUUCUCCAGUUAGAGGCAUCCAUUGUGCUAUGCUAGCCGCAGUUGAGGCUGAAUCUGAAUGUCUGAGGAAGGAGUUGAACAGUAGAGGUGUCGACGUCGUGGUAGUAGCUCCUGGUGAAUUCACCUCAGGAUCAUCAUGGUUAUCAGAUGAAGCCAUCCUGCAACAAGCCAAAGAAAUGUGGAAGCAGCUGUGUCAAGAGCAGAGAACUGAAUAUGGAGAAGACUACUUUGAGAAGGCCAUAAGGAGUUUAGAAAAGUAUACAAAAAGCCAGGAAUGUGACUUAACACCAGUACUCCGUGCUCUCAACGACUCAGUAAUCCGUACCUUCCCCCUGAAAAAGUAUACUCCAGUAUCCAAGAAGGAGAAGAUUCAGAUUUUCAUCGCUGACCACCUGCCUAGAUCAGUCUACGACAUCAUCUACGGUUAAAAUAUGAUUUGUUUGUUGUUUUAGAAAGGCAAUGCUCAAGGUGGGUCUACUUGCAUGUGUUAUCAUGGAUCCGAGGUAAUCUGUUAUGUGACGAAGUUCGUCAUCAUAAUUGUACGUAAGCUAUUCAACUCCUUGAUUGGUUGAUAAUUGCAGAGUCGUGAUCACAUACUGAAGUGGAUCCACCCACGAAGUCUUUGAUCACUAUCUUACAAGGUGCUAGGGCCGUAGAGAUCCGUCUCCAGUUUGAUUUUCAUUUAGCUCUGACAAAUAAAAUUCUCCAGGGAUCAAUACUUGUAAUGACGGUGUAGAAUAGGUGAGAGAAAGUGGGCGUGUUUGUCUCAGCUUUCUGCACAGUAAAUAGUAGCUCCAGGAAUCAUUCUUGGGCAGAAGGUGCGGAAGUAUCGCCGUCGACCAACAUUUAAUGAUACAGACCAGCAACAUUCUAUCUUUCCGGAAAUGGAUGCAUUUGCAGACUUGGUUGACAAAUGUCAACAGCUGCACGAAUUUGGAAUCAUUUCACAGGAAAAGAAUAUCACCCACUUUCUCUUAGCGACUCUACUCUCUCAGUGAAUCUACUCCCUCAGUUUCAAGAAUACGAUUCCUGAAUGAAAAUAUUGGACAUGGUUCCCACAUGUUCCUAGUAUCGUACUGCAACGAAUUAUCAGAUUGGUUAGUUUGGCUAAUGCAUUGUGCAUGUAUCUUCAUCCCCUUAUCAUUAAGUUCAAAGUUUACCUCGAAAAGAUUCACGUGCUCGUAAAGCAUGGAAGCGAUUCUAUAUCUCGAAGACUAAUCGAUGAAAUUGAUUAAAUUUUAAGAAACAACUGAAGCGCAAAUGACAGCUACUAGGCUUCCAUUAUCAGACAACGUGGAGAAAAUCUAAAAAGCUGUAGGAUCCAACGAGCUUCCCGUAUCGUAUUUACAUGUCAACUGCAGCAUAUAAUGGUAGUUGUGUUGAAGCGAAUUGCCAAAUGCACAUUGCUGUUGACAACAUAAUUUUAGCAUUAUAAUCUGCUCGUUCGAGUGCAAGCGCUUGUUAAUCAAUUGCAAAAAUAAACCUUUUCACUGUUUCUCUGAGCCUAGGGAAAUGUUAAACACUAAAAUUGGAAAUAUGCAUCAACCUUAAUAAAGGCAUUGCUCAUUGUGCACUAUGAUAGUUAAUUAGGUUAUUGAAUUGUUGUUUGUUAUGUAUAAAGUCCAAAUUAGGGAAAAGUAUAAGAAACCAUUGAAAAAAUACUUUUGCGUAUUUUCGGCCGCUUUUAUUUUAUCGAAUCUAUUGGGCGCAUAUUUCAUGUUUUGAUGUUGUUUUAUACAGUGUGAUAUUACUCAGUCGUUGUGUGUCAUAAACUUCAAACUUGUAUUGACAUAUUCAUUAACUAGCUAAUUAAACGCCGUAACGAUUGGAUGCAGCUCAAGCCAAUACAGCGAUACCAUCAAUACAGUGCUUUUCUUUAACGUCCCCCAUUCUUUAAUUUUUUGAAUGGAUCAAGGUGAAGUUCGUGAUAGUAAAAUUGAAGCAUGAAGAUCAUAGGUGUAUAUUCGCCUUGUAUUCAAAAAGUGAAUGAGUACCUUGUUGUAAUUUUUUGAAAGGAAGGUGGGUUAUGUGAUAAAUCGUUCUGAAGCUUCUUAUAAGUAUGUACUAUUUAUAUUUAACCCUAAACACUGAGUUCUCUAUUUGUCAAAAUGACGGUCUGACAAAUAGUAAAAUUUUAGAGUUUUCGUAGGCUGAUUCACUUUACAUUCAAAAAGAUAAUGCAAAAUAAAGAAGAUUCAGUUCAAAAAAUUUGUCAGAAAUUUGCUACUUUUGUAAUUGAAUUUCCAAUAUUUUAUUGCAUUUUCGGAUAAAGUUUUUCAAAGAAAAUUGAUAUAUCAUACUCGAACUACUAAGAUUUUGAUGAUUAGUCGUUGAUUUGUAUGCGAAAAGAAGUACAUAAACUCUAACAGUACGAAAGUCCAGCACAUUUAAAAAAGGAAAAUUUGUAUUCUACGUUUAUAAGGUUCACUGACGUUCAAAAUGAGUUGGCACUUGACCCAUCAUUCCUUUCAGAAAACUAUCCGAAACGGCGCACAGAUGCCGUCUUGAAAAUUUUAAAUAUGAUUCUCAGGCUAAAAUUCAGGAUUCAUGCAUCAAUUUUUAAUACUGAACUUCAACGUGCUAACUUAAUCCUUUCAAAGGGUAAAUCGGGACGGGGGUCACUAACGAAAAGACCCGUAUAAACGACUUUAUUUUGGGAUAGAGUAUGCCCUUAUACUUACACUUUAGUAUAGAUCAAUUGUAAUUUCUACGCCGAUUUGUUACAACAGCUUUGUCGGUAGUCAUUUUGUUAGUAUUUCGACAAGCAUCAAAUUGUUCAAGAAAAACAAGCAAAGCUACUUAAACAUUUAUUUCUUGGGUGUCACGAUUUAUGAGAUUUAUAAUAUGUAAUAGAUCCGCUAAGCUAUAAAAUCACAUUGAGGUCUAGUAAACGAUUAUUUCAAUGAAAAUAUGUAGCUGCUUAGAUGGUAAGAUUGGCUGGGAACCAUCAACGAAAACGGAAGAUGCAACAACAGUCUUGACUAUAUUCUCAUCCUCGAAAACUUUAUUAUUUCAUUAUUUUUUGAACUAGUUAAUUGCUAUAAGAAAUCAAACUUUCGACUUUAAGCAAGUACCAAAUUGGCUAGGUUUAUGACACGCAAUCGUAGAAAUCCUUUCGUAUAUAUCAACUUUCCUUCGUUUGUAGUUCUGUCUAAUAAAUAUACUAGUAGCGUUUGUAUGUAGCUGUAUAUAUAAGAGAUAAUAAAGCUUAAUCUAAGAACUGCAUUCCUCCGAGAUAAUGAAUCACAUUUAAAACUGCAUUUGUUAAAACCUCUCGCAGGGAUGGAGUUUCCAGCCUACUCCGGCAUUUUGUAUUCUCUAGAGUGACUUUAUCCGACUUUAGUUAGUAGUUGGAACUUUUUGUAACUUUAAAUGGCCCAAUAAAGUAAACUUCCUGUAUCCAAC